AUUUGGAUCAACUUUCUGGUCUAUUGAGUCUUUUGAGAUCUUGGCUCAUCCAGGACAAAGCCUCUGGCUGCCAUGGUCCAUGCAUUCCUGAUCCACACCCUGAGCGGCAGUUGCCAGGCCACCGGGGAUGCUGCCUUCUGCCGCGUGCUGUACUCGCAAGUGUUUGGCUCAGAGAGGUCGCCAGAUGAGCCCAGGCCUCAUGGUCCAGAGAGGGACAGACUACUCAGGAAGGAGCAGCUCUUGGCUGUAGCAAGACAGGCAGAGUCAGCAUGUAAGCUGCUGCAGCAGGCAUCAGGCCGAUCUCCCACGGACCUCCUGCCCCAGACCUCUGAUGAGCCUAUUCCCCUCCAGGAUGCCCCGUCGGGGGUCUUCCGCCUUCGCCCCGGGGACCCCUUCCAGGAAGCCAAGGUCGUGGUGUGGCUCCGGCUCCUGUCCCUAGGCUGCGCCUUGGUGUGCGAGCCUCACGAGAACCUGCUGCUGGCCGAGAGCACCCUGCGCCUGCUCACCCGCCUCCUGCUAGAGCACCUGAAGCUGCUGUCCUCGGGCAGCAACGUGCUCCUCCGAGGGGACCGCAUUGAGGCCAUCCUCAACCACUUCCUCCCCCACGGCCAGCUGCUCUUUCUCAAUGACCAGUUUGUUCAGCAAUUGGAGAAGGAGCUGAGCGCCAGCCUGGCCAGAUGAAGAAGGCUGACCCCUGACCCAGCCUUGGCUCUCCUGCUGCUCUCCCUCAGAAAGCAGAAUCUGAACUGCUGAAGUUGGCAUCGCCCCUAGUCCCCGAGAUCCUGCCGCUCCAUCCCCUCUCUGGCCCUCCAGCUCGGUGCUCUCUGCAGCUUUGGGCCGGCUCUUUCCGACUCACUUGGCUCCACUCUGGAUUGAUCAGAGAAGCUGAAGCCUCCAGAUGCUUCCCUUCCUGUCUCAUGGACACACACGCCGUUCCCAGUUAGCCCUCACUCUCCCGAGGUGACCGGGCAUCAUUAGUGCCUCUUUGGCCACAUCUCCUGUGCUAGUCAUCCUGGGGAACAUGCUCUGGGCCUCCUCUUUCCGCCACAUGUCUUCCCGGGGCUCCUGGAGUCCCCUCAGUUGGGGUGUUUGUGAUGACCCAGGGCACUCCUGGGGUGAAGAAGGGAACUGGG